UGCUCCCAAAUGACUGCCUCGUGAUGGACGGCUCAACCUCUGUUCUUGAGCGCUCAAUUUUUUAACAAAAUUGCUUCGGAUCGAAUUUCUUGACCAUAGCACGCUGCCAAAUGCCGAUCUUAUUUUAAGCUUAAUUUAAUUUCUGCUUUUCAUUUCUCGUCAAUUUCUCUUGUUCGUUUCUGAAAUCAGUUCACCCAACUUCUGCAACUUCGUCUUUUCAAUCACUAAAUAUCUUUCUGUUACUUUUCAAUCCCGCCAUUAAAGCCCUACUGUUGUUCUUCCAUUUCUCUGCGUUCAUUUUACCUCUUUAUUGUCACUUUCUUACCUUCAGGGAUGAACUUCAUUAUUUUGGAUUUUGCCAGAACGAAGUCAGCUGUCUGAGAACUUGGCUGUCUCUUUCCGCGUUCUAGCUCGCUUUCUCCUCUGAGAUUCUUCAUUGUUCUUUUGUUUUUGUUCUGCUCUUAUCGCAAGUAGUAAUGGAAGGGUAUCUAUCUGCUUUUAAACCUACAACUUCGACCCAGUUGGUGGUUUUUCAGAUUUAUUGUACUUUGAUUCACUGUUGCUUCUCUGUUUGCUUCAGAUUUGCCUCCUGCUGAGGAAUAUACAUCUGGUUCUAUCACUAUUUGGAUUUUUUAUGAUAAACAAAGUGCUAAUUUCUCGGUCGUUUUCUUGGAUUCUGAUUGAAAACGCAUUCUAUUGAUUGUUCUUCCAUUGUAAACCCUAGUUUCAAAAGUUGUUUCGAAUCAGGUUCUGUUUCUGGUCCUUUUUCUCGAUUAGCUAUUGAAACUUGUAGCGAUGGAUUGUAGAAGAAGAUUUGGAUUACUCCUCUGGGGUGGUUUGUUGAUUUCGUUUUUUCCUUACAUUUCUUGUUUGUUUAAUCCGGUAGAUAAUUAUCUCAUUGACUGUGGAUCUUCCGGGAAUGUGUCUGUGGGUAACCGUGUUUUCAUGGCCGAUAAUUUGGCUUCAAAUUUUCUUUCCACUCCAGAAACCAUUUCGGCUAAUACAUCUUCAGUUCCUGCCUCGUCUUCUAAUGAUUCAGCGCUGUUCGAAACUGCUAGAAUCUUUACUGGAACAUCAAAAUUCACGUUUCCAAUACAGAAAACCGGAAGGCAUUGGAUCCGCCUCUAUUUCUAUCCAUUUGUGUUUUCUAGCUUCAAUAUGAGUGCUGCAAAUUUUAGUGUUUCAACUCAAAACUUUGUUCUGCUGAGAGAUUUGGUUGUAGAGAAGGAUCCCAUAGUCAAAGAAUUCUCUGUGGAUGUGAAAUCAGAUACUCUUGAAGUUAUCUUUGCUCCUGUUAUUGGCUCCAUUGCAUAUGUGAACGCCAUUGAAGUUGUCUCUGUUCCUGACAUUCUCAUUGUUGAUGAAGCCACUUUGUUAGAACCAUCUGGUAAAUUUCAAGGGCUGACUACUCUAGCAUAUGAGACUGUUGCUAGAGUUAAUGUGGGUGGCCCAAAAGUUGCUCCUGAUAAAGAUCCUCUUACACGGAAUUGGGUUUCUGAUGGAAGCUUUCUAGUAAAUAAGAAUUCUGCAACAAGUUUCUCGAACAUUCCCGCUGUUAAAUACAGCCCUGAAGGCGCAGCGCCGGAGAUCGCUCCAAAUGUUGUCUAUGGUACUCUCAUGGAGAUGAACUCGAAGGACAAUCCAAACAGCAACUUCAAUGUGACAUGGAGGUUUAAAGUUGAUCCUGAGUUUCAGUACCUUGUUCGGUUUCACUUCUGUGACAUUGUGAGCAAAUCUCUACACCAACUUUAUUUCAAUGUUUAUGUUGACUCGUGGCUGGUUGUUCGGGAUCUGGAUCUUAGUGUUCGACUUUCUAAUGCUCUGGGCACUCCAUACUAUAUGGACUCUGUUACAGGAUUGAUCAAGAAUGACAUACUUCUUGUGAGUAUUGGCCCAGCAAACUUAGCCAAUGUGUAUCCAAAUGCCAUUCUAAAUGGUCUGGAAAUCAUGAAAAUGAGCAACUCUGUUGGCAGUCUCAGCGGGGAAGACUCUGUAAUUAGUUUUCCAGGCUCGACUUCUUCAAAUAAGCAUGUUGGCGUCAUUAUCGGUGUGGUUAUUGGGGCAUUUGUUGCAGCUAUAUUGGUUGGCGUUCUUUUCGUGCUGUGCAGGCGAAAAAGAAAGGGAAUGCAUCAGGCCCCGACGAAAUCAUGGAUUUCGAUAUCCACAGCUGGAGGAAUGUCACACACUAUGGGAAGUAAAUACUCUAAUGGCACGAUCACAAGUGCUGCUUCCAACUACGGGUAUCGAAUACCUUUUGCAACAGUUCAAGAGGCUACAAAUAACUUCGAUGAGAGCUGGGUUAUUGGUAUUGGCGGGUUCGGGAAAGUAUACAAGGGAGUUUUGAAUGAUGGCACCAAAAUUGCUGCAAAGAGGGGUAAUCCGCGUUCCCAACAAGGAUUGGCCGAGUUUCAAACUGAAAUCGAGAUGCUGUCACAGUUUCGUCAUCGUCAUCUCGUUUCAUUGAUUGGUUACUGUGAUGAGAGGAAUGAGAUGAUACUGAUUUAUGAGUACAUGGAACAAGGCACCCUGAAGAGUCAUCUAUAUGGUUCUGAUUUUCCUAGUUUGAGCUGGAAAGAGAGACUUGAGGUCUGCAUUGGAGCCGCUAGAGGACUUCAUUACCUCCAUACUGGCUAUGCCAAACCGGUUAUUCAUCGUGACGUGAAGUCCGCUAAUAUUUUACUCGACGAAAACCUCAUGGCGAAGGUUGCAGACUUUGGGCUUUCGAAGACGGGUCCUGAUCUAGACCAAACCCAUGUCAGUACUGCUGUGAAAGGGAGUUUUGGGUACCUUGAUCCUGAAUAUUUCAGGAGGCAACAACUGACAGAGAAAUCAGAUGUUUAUUCAUUUGGAGUUGUUUUGUUUGAAGUUCUUUGUGCAAGACCUGUCAUAGAUCCAACCCUUCCUAGAGAAAUGGUAAACUUAGCUGAAUGGGCAAUGAAAUGGCAGAAGAAAGGGCAGUUGGAUCAAAUCAUUGAUUCUACUCUUGUAGGUAAAAUUAGAGCAACUUCUCUUAGGAAGUUUGGUGAAACUGCUGAAAAAUGCUUGGCUGACUAUGGAGUCGACCGGCCAUCCAUGGGAGACGUCUUGUGGAACUUGGAGUAUGCUCUUCAGCUACAAGAAGCCAUUAUCGAAGUCGAUCCAGAAGAUAACAGUACUAAUAUGAUCGGCGAGCUCUCUCCUCAAAUUAACAACUUCAAUGAUAUCGAAACAGGUGCUUCUGCUACACAGUUCAACGUUCCGGGCGUGGAUGAUCUUUCUGGAGUUUCCAUGAGUAGGGUGUUCUCUCAGCUCGUGAAAUCUGAGGGUCGAUGACCCGAUGUCGCUGCAGCAUUAGGCCGAUGCAGCUGAAUAUGUGGCGUUGGCGUUCUGUAUACUUCAGGCAACGACAGGGAGGAGCCAAACUACAUGUGUAACAUACUAGGUUCUUCUCUUGUACAGAAGGGGCUGUGCUGGUGAGUCUCUGCAAUAUCUAUCAAACUUGUUACCACUUCAACCAACUACAUCGAACAAGGUAGUUCGCAUCUCCGUUACCGAUUGAUUUUGAUUUGCAUCCCUUCAUCGAACAUAUUCGUUUUUGUCGUCGUUUCAUGUUUGUCUAGAAUCAUUAGACAUUUAGUCUUGUUAUUCUUUUUAGUCAGCUAACAUCUCGUCAAUGACCAUGGUGUGUCGUUUUUUCCUAAACUUCCCGAUCUCCGUAGGUAGCGGUGUCGAGGCUUCGUUGUGUUUAGCUCUGAAUCUUUUCAUGGAACAUGUGUUUGCUGCAAUUUAGAUCCAUUUUUCAUCUGGAUAUUGUUUUCUUUCAACUAUGUAAUGAACUGCCAUACAUUGUUGUCUUUCA